UAUGUGGGAGUGAAAUGAAAAUUGUCAUCCUUCAUUUCUAAUCAUGGGAUUGAGUCGGGUCACCAGAUCAGUCAUGAGUUACUAUGCACAGUUUCUAAAAUUGUGGAGGUCCUAGUCCAUGUGGCCCAUCUUGGUAGCCCAUUAGAAGCAAAAAAAGAAGAAAAGUUUGGGCGUAUGAAGCAAGUAAACCAUUCAUGUGAAGGAACUCAUUCAAUCUCCUUGUCGUCUUUGCUUCCCUUUCUACACUCUUGCUAGCCGGCCAAACUUCCAAUUUUUUUGGCAGAUUUCCAUAAUAAAUUCUCAGUUAAUCACUCUUCUUACUUAUAAAUUACUUCAAUCUUCUAACUUUAUCUAAUUAAAUCCCCCAAUCAACUAUCCAUCCAAAUUCCAAUAUCCACCGACAGUUCCCAAUCUCUUUAUUGAAUUUGGGAAGAUGGGUCGAUCUGAUUCUCUCAAUCUUCAUUAACCCAGUUUUAAUUUUCAUUAAAGAUUGAGUCUUUCGUAUUCCCCAGUUACAAUCUUGAAUUUAUUCAACCCAAAUGGUCUAUUUACAUAACUCAAUUCCUCCAACAGACCCAAAAUUAACCAGAACCAAAUCCAAGAAUUCAACUUUACCCUUUGUGAAAUUGAGGCAAAUAAAAAAGAACAUGUCAUCAAGUGAUUGUGAACAGUCUCACUCAGCUAUCAUUGAUGUAGUCAUUUUGAUUGCAGUGGUUGGUGCUUCUGGGUUUUUGUUAUAUCCUUACAUAAAUCUUUUGGUGCAAACACUAUUUGAAUUUCUUGAAGAAGUAUCUUAUGUGGUUAAAGAUGAAAUUUUUCGGGCUCCAUUGGUGUUUAUAUGUCUAGGACUUAGCAUUUUGUUUGCUGUAAUAGCUCUUUUGGCAAUGACAGUAUGUACAACAGGCAAAGGAUGUGGGAAACCAGGUUGUCGUAGGCUUAGAAAAGCUGCUGAAUUUGAUAUACAGUUAGAGACAGAAGAUUGUGUUAAGAAGACAAAUUUCAGUGCAAAAAAUGGAGUUAAAAAGGGGAUGUUUAAGUUGCCUAGAGAUCAUCAUCAAGAAUUGGAAGCUGAGCUUAAAAGAAUGGCUCCACCUAAUGGAAGAGCUGUUCUUGUGUUUAGAGGCAGGUGUGGUUGUUCUAUAGGUACAAUGGAAGUUCCUGGACCAAGGAAAACUGGAAAGUUCAAGAAAUAAUAAUAGGAAUCAUAUUGGAUAUUGUAAUAAUAAUCAGAUGAUUCCUUUUGUGGGUGAUCUUCUCUGAAAAGCACUAUACCCUUUUAUAAGCUUAUAUACAUGACUAUAAUGGAUUAAAUAAAAAAGCUUUAUUUAUGAUUUUAGUGUUUUCUUUCUAAAGUAUUGUUAAACUCGUGUUAGUUGUUACUAUUGUGUUGCUAUUUGCUUUAUUCUGAUGGAUAUAAAAGGGCAGCCCAGUGCACUCCUGUUAUGCGCGAGGUCCAAAAAGGGUCGGACUACAAAGUACGCAGCCAGCUUUACCUUGCAUUUCUGCCAGAGGUUAUUUUCACGGCUUGAACCCGUGAUCUCCUGGUCACAUGGCAGCAACUUUAUUCUGAUGAGUAUAUUCUGCAAUUAGACUUCAAUGCGUAGUGCUUUUCCUGGUUGUCUCAAAAAAAUUCAUUGGAUUCUAUUUCUCAUAUCAAGAUCAUAUUUUUGGAUCGGCUAGGUUCCUCAA